UCUGUAUCUUUCACACACUUGUUGGCUGGACUGUAACACAAGGGAAAGAUUGCAAAUAAAUCUUGACUAAGAAGCACAGGCUGCAGCUAUGCAUUUUUUGUACUCUGAAUUCUUCCUUUUAAAUACACAGCUGUAUUUACACCUCAAGUACAAACUGAAACAAAGCUUUCCAUGUGUGUGUGAAGGUGGUAAGAGGCAUCAAACCACCUGUGUCAGGUGUUAGAAAUACAGCUGGCAGCAGUGUGCAAUAGGGAGGCUGGCUUCUGUCUUCCUUGUAGAAGUGAUACAAGAAGCUCAGUAGAAUGGAUCUAAACUUCAGGACUUCCAGCACAGUAUACUUUUUUGUCUUCAAAGACAUUAUUUGCUAGUAGUUUUGCAGCAAUCCUAUGAAUGAUUGCUGUAAAUGUAUGGUUGGUUCUUGGAAAAUGAUGCUAGAUAAAUGUCAUUGUUUGUUUUGGUUUUUAUAUCAAGUUUGUUCAGUUUUCAAUUAAGAUGUGGUUUUUUCUAGCUCUCAGCCUUCCAAGCUUGGCAUGCCUUUUUAGAAUUAAACUUUGUUCUUGGCUCAAGAAAUUUCUUUGCAGUUUUUAAGUUCAACAGGCUAAGUUUUGGUCCAGUGUAAUUUUCGUACUUUGUGAUACCCCUUCAAAAACCUAUACAGGCUGUUCCAUGGGUGAUCCUGCACCUGGAAUUCAAGAGCUCUGCUCAUCAGCAAAUGUACUUAUAAUUAAGACUUAUGUUAUUUUUCUUUUAGACCAACAAAAGUAAAGAGUAAAACAAAAUGAAUGUUUAUAAAAUUUAAAAUAAAAAUUCUAAAAUGUAUCAGUUAAGAGGAAAUCAAAUUUGGGGGUUAUUUUGUUUUCUGCUUUGUUUGGGUUUUUUUCCCAAUAAAAUUGCAUAGCUCUCAGAUCAGAUCUUUACUUCAGUCCAUUGUUACCUCAUAAACAGACAACUGGAAGCUUCCAUACAGUGACAAGCAUGAGAACUCAAACCAAACACGAGUUGAAGGAUUGUGUGUGAGAAUUUCAUAACUGUCAGUGUUCUCUAAGGGUGACACAUGUGAAAAGUUAACCUUUUUGGAUGGUGCUGUUGAAGACUAGACAAGAGAAGCGAUUCCAGGACUGUGAUUGUAUACAGAGGCUUUUCAGAGUCUUAAAAUCUGCUGUUGGCUUUCUGGCAGUUUCCAGUGUCAUUACCAUGUCAGCUCCUUUCUUUAUGGGGAAAGUUAUUGACAUUAUUUAUACAAAUCCCAGUGAGGAUUUCACUGAAAGCCUGACCAGCCUGUGUGCCUUGCUGAGUGGAAUCUUUUUAUGUGGUGCUGCUGCUAAUGCUACACGUGUCUACCUCAUGCAGACUGCAGGACAAAGAAUUGUGAAACGUUUGAGAGCAACCAUGUUCUCCUCUAUUGUGAAGCAAGAAACGGCUUUCUUUGACAAGACCAGAACAGGAGAGCUGAUAAACCGCUUAUCUUCAGAUACUGCCCUUUUGGGCCGCUCUGUGACUGAAAACCUUUCAGAUGGACUCAGGGCAGCAGCACAAGCAUCUGUGGGGGUUGGAAUGAUGUUUUUUGUUUCCCCUAGCCUUGCUGCAUUUGUGCUGAGCGUUGUGCCACCCUUGGCUGUCCUGGCUGUGAUUUAUGGCAGAUACUUGCGAAAGCUUACUAAAAUUACUCAAGAUUCUCUUGCAGAAGCAACACAGUUAGCUGAAGAACGUAUUGGAAACAUCAGAACCGUUCGAGCUUUUGGGCAAGAAGUGGCUGAAAUGGAGAAGUACACAAAUAAAGUUGAUUAUGUGCUACAGCUGGCUAAAAAAGAGGCACUAGCUCGAGCAGGCUUCUUUGGAGCAACUGGCCUUUCUGGAAACUUAAUUGUCCUCUCAGUGUUAUACAAAGGUGGAUUACUAAUGGGCAGUGCCUACAUGACAGUUGGUGAACUCUCAUCUUUCCUAAUGUAUGCUUUCUGGGUUGGCAUAAGCAUUGGAGGUCUAAGUUCCUUUUAUUCUGAGCUAAUGAAAGGACUAGGUGCUGGUGGACGUCUUUGGGAACUUAUUGAAAGGAAGCCCCAACUUCCAUUUAAUGAGGGAAUCACAUUAGGCAAAGAUGUAUUCAGAGGUGCUUUGGAAUUCAAAGAUGUUGAAUUUGCCUAUCCAACACGUCCAGAAGUAUCAAUUUUCAAAGAUUUCAGCCUGUCCAUUCCAGCGGGCUCUGUUAUGGCUCUCGUUGGCCCAAGUGGUACAGGGAAAUCAACGAUUGUAUCCCUCCUGCUGCGGCUGUAUGAUCCUAUCUCAGGUACUAUCACCGUUGAUGGCUUCGAUAUCCGUCAGUUAAAUCCACUGUGGUUCAGGACAAAGAUUGGAACAGUAAGUCAGGAACCAAUUCUCUUCUCCUGUUCAAUUGCUGAAAAUAUUGCCUAUGGUGCCGAGGAUCCUUCUACUGUGACAACAGAGGAGAUUCAGAAAGUUGCUGAAAUAGCUAAUGCUGCUAGUUUUAUCAGAGAUUUUCCAAAAGGGUUUGACACUGUAGUUGGAGAAAAAGGAAUUUUGCUUUCAGGUGGACAGAAGCAACGAAUUGCAAUUGCUCGAGCUCUGCUCAAGAAUCCUAAAAUUCUUCUGUUAGAUGAAGCAACAAGUGCUUUGGAUGCUGAAAAUGAGUAUCUCGUGCAAGAAGCUCUGGACCGGCUGAUGGAAGGGAGGACAGUCCUAAUUAUUGCUCAUCGUCUGUCUACUAUUCAAAACGCUGAUUUCGUUGCAGUCCUUGGCCAGGGUAAAAUUCUUGAAUGUGGGAAACAUGAGGAGCUACUUGCAAAUCCAAAUGGACUUUUCAGGAAACUAAUGCAGAAACAAGCUUUUCUUCAGAAUAAUGAUGCUUUUGCAUUAGAUUUACAAUCCAGAGAAAAGGAUAUAUUAAAAGAAAAUGUAUGAGACAAUGUAUGAAUAAUUACAAACUUCAAAGACUAUAACUUAUGUUUCAGUUAUGUAAAUGUUAUAUUUUUCCAAAAUGUACAAAAUAUUCUUUUAAAUGUGUUAAACUUUUUAUUGAACGCUUUUUAGUAACUAUUGUAACUUUUAAAAAUACCUGUCACACUGAGAAAAUUUCAGGGCAUAGAUUUUUCUGCUUGUGUUACUUUGAAACUGUCUAGAAUCUUGUUUGCUAUAAUGCACUGUAUGAAGAUGUGCUCCAUUCUCAAGUAAGUUCAGUAUUUUAAAGGUAAUUAAAUUACAGUCUUAUCAUUUUCA